UUGGAGACAAUCUUCCUAGCAGUACCAGAAAUUCUCACGGUGUAUGUGGAAGUCAAAGAACGUGUCGUAUCGUUACGGAAACCAGUUACAAAGAAUUACCACCGUCUGUCUUUCGAUCUUUUUUUCUCCCUCUCUUUCUCUCUCUCUCUCGCUCUCGUUCUCUCUCUCUGUUCUACUUAUGUGAGUGUGUAUAUCCUGUGUACAUCGCGGAGUGCUAUAAUUUUUCGUCGUUAUUCCAGGAGAGCAUAACAUCCUAUUGAUUACUCUCUAAGUUAACACUAUCCUCAGAAAAUCAAUUUCUAUUUUCAAUGGCAGAUCACGAUAACAUUUACGACGACGAGGAGCUUGUCUCAGCGAAUCAAAAUCAAAGAAACUGGCGCGGGAUUUUAAUUGCUCUGUUGGUGAUCGUCGCGGUCCUGGCUUUGAUCGUGACAUCAGUUGCUCUGUUGACACCACCGGACGAAGGCCCUAGAGUACGAGGCACACGGCUACGGCUCUCCGAGGUACUAUCCGGAGAAUUAACUCCUCUCCUUUUCAACGGGUCAUGGACAAGCGAACAACACAUAUGCUACAGGGAUGUUUGGGGUGGAAUUUCGCUGUUACAUAUUAAUCAAGAUAACGUUACCUCCCGUAGCUUAAUGCCCAAUGAAACUUUUAGAAGACUGAAUCCUGCCAAGUUCUUGUUAUCGCCGGAUCGUAAAUACUUGCUCCUAGCUUAUAACGUGAAGAAACUGUUUCGAUACUCGUAUUUAGCACAGUACAAUGUCUAUGAUGUGAAUACACGGGAAAUUAUAAAAUUAAGUCCAUACCCGGAGAAGGAGGAUCAUCCUUAUCUUUUAUUAGCAAAAUGGACUCCGCGCGGUCACGGACUUGUCAUGGUGCAAGAUUAUGAUAUAUAUUAUAGAACUGGUCCUAUGAGUAAUACAGGCUAUCGAGUUACUAAUACAUCAAUUCCUGGUAUUUUGUCGAAUGGAUUACCUGACUGGCUGUACGAAGAGGAAAUAUUGCUCUGCGCAGAGGCUAUCUGGAUGUCGCCAGAUGGUCAUAUGAUGUUGUAUGCAUCUUUUAAUGAUUCGCUCGUUGAGGAGAUGCACAUAUCGUGGUUUGGAGAAGAGAAUAAGGUUCUUUAUCCGAAAAUACGAUCUCUUCGUUAUCCGAAGCCAGGAACUCCAAAUCCUGUGGCGCGACUCUACGUAGCAGAUUUGGCAGAUCCAAAGAAUAUUCAUACGAAGGUAGUGAAACCGCCACCUAUCAUCGAGCAUGUAGAACAUUACUUUACUUCGGCUUCUUGGGUAUCUUCAACGGAGGUGUGCAUAACGUGGUUAACACGUGCUCAGAACCUCUCGGUUGUAACUAGAUGCCAAAGUCCAAUGUGGCGUUGUCAGGAGAUACAAAGGAUAGUAUCUGAAGAUCGUGGAUGGGUGGACACCCCUCCAGAAGCACCUAUUUUCUCAGCAAAUGGAAGCAGUUAUAUUGCAAUAAGUCCGGUUAAGGAUGGUCCAUCUGGUUAUUAUAAACACAUUGUUUGGGUGAAUGUUGAUCGAAAGUUGACUAUUCCUCUUACGCAUGGGAAAUUCGAAGUCACCCAAAUAGUGGCAUGGGAUCAAGUGAACAAUACUAUAUAUUUUAUAGGUAUACCGCCGAUGCGACCAGGUCAGAGACACCUUUAUUACGUGAGUUCUGUGUUACCGAAUGUGGGCACGUCUCUGCAUCCUGCUGUCUGCAUCACAUGUACAGAAGCCUCGGAGGGGAAUUUAAAUGAUCACCAAACGGUUCUCUCUCGUCAUCAUAGCACGUCUACCGAUAAUAAUUAUAUACGCGAUCAUUAUGAGACACGAGAGAACGCGCAACACUCGGACCGAGAAAAGGCGAAGGAAAAACCUACGAAGAAACAAAAACCGAAACCAUAUGUACCUCCAACAUUUAAUGAAGAACCGUGUCAAUACCAUAAUGCUAUUUUUCCACGGGGAAGUACGAACUAUUUUAUUUUAGAGUGUUAUGGGCCCAGUAUACCAACUGUUGCAUUGUACAAAACUGAACUACCUAUGCCACGGCUCAUCUACGUCUUGCAGAACAAUACGCAAUUACGUGAAAGAGUUGCUAAUCUCGCACUACCGCAAGUAAAAACGUUUCCUGUACAAAUGAGUGGCGGGUACAACGCACAAGUGAGACUACAUUUGCCGCCUGGUUUGAGAGAAGAUGAAAUCACGAGGUACCCUUUAGUCGUGCAAGUAUACGGUGCACCUGGAACGCAAUUAGUAACGGAAAUGUUCAAAAUAGACUGGAACACAUUCCUGGCUAGUAGGAAAAAUGUGAUCGUCGCCCAGAUCGAUGGUAGAGGCAGCGGAGGCCAAGGUUACAAGUUUUUGCACGAAGUGUACUAUAGACUUGGUUCCGUAGAAGUUGCUGACCAACUGGAAGUUACCGAAUACUUACGGGAUUCGUUGCACUUUGUGGACAAAAGACGGGUUGCCAUUUGGGGAUGGAGCUACGGGGGUUUCUUGGCCGCACUUGCACUAGCGCAUCCCGACGGAAACGUAUUUCAAUGUGGUAUAAGCCUGGCGCCUAUUGUAUCAUGGAAACUCUAUGAUUCUGCGUUUGCCGAAAGAUAUAUGGGCAUGCCAACUGUUACGUCAAACUACAAAGGUUACGCAGAAUCGGACGUUUACGAAAAAGUUGAAUCUUUACGAGAUAAAAUGUUCUACUUGGUACACGGUACAGCUGAUGAUAAUGUCCAGUUUCAACAAUCAAUGGCACUCGCACGGCAUCUCGCCAAGAAAGGCAUACUUUUUCGACAACAGGUUUAUCCAGAUGUGAGUCACUCUUUAGCAGGAGUAAAGGGUCAUCUUUAUUUAUCAAUGGCACAAUUCUUAGACGACUGUUUUCAAAAGCAAGUACCUACCGAUACGAAAGCGGGUCUUAUCAGUGGUGGUACUAGUUUGUAGUUGUAUGUAUAUAAUGUGAUUCAAAAAACAAUCUAACAUUUGUGAAAGAACUCUAUGCAUAAAAAUAUUAUAUCUUAA